AUGUUAACUCAAAGGUGUAUUCUACCACAUACUGCAAGUGACAUAUUUUCUGUAACAUUUUUACUAAUAAUUGUACCUUUAAUAUAUUGGUUUGAACUUUGGAUUGUUCUGCCAGAGCUUUAUGAAUAUGGAACAUCUCCACAUAUAUUUCAUUGUUGCCUUGGAAGCUUUAUCAUGCUGAAUGUAGUUGGUAACUUUACAUAUACUGUAUUAUGUGAUACAAGCAUACGCCAAGUUCUAAUACCAACCAACAAAGGAGAUAUCAAAGAAGGCUGGAGAUUUUGUAGAAUUUGUGAGUUAAUAGGGCCACCUCGUUCUUGGCAUUGCGAUAUUUGUAAUAUUUGUAUAGUGAAAAGAGAUCAUCAUUGUAUUUUUACUGCAUGUUGUGUGGGUCAUUGUAAUCAGCGAUAUUUUUUAAUGUUUAUUUUCUACUUAUUUAUAUCUACUUUAUAU